UGUGGUGACCUCAUUGUCCCUCUUUCCUUCCUAGUUUUCAAUGGUUCCAGCAGGUCUCCACGGGAGAAAGAACCUGUUCAAAAACACAAAAGCAAAGAAGCCACUCCCGGGAAGGAGAAGCACAGCGAUCACCGGACUGACAGCCGGAGGGAACAGGCGUCAGCGGCCCCGCCCCCAGCGGCCCCCUCCACGGGUUCCUCGGCCAAGGGGCUCGCUGCUAACCACCACCACCCCCCUCUGCAUCGGUCGGCUCAGGACUUACGGAAGCAGGUUUCGAAGGUAAACGGAGUCACUCGAAUGUCGUCAUCUCUGGGUACGAGUGCAACCGGUGCCAAAAAGAUGCGCGAAGUCAGACCUUCACCGUCCAAAACUGUGAAGUACACUGCAACGGUGACUAAGGGGACUGUCACAUACACCAAAGCCAAGAGAGAACUGGUCAAGGAAACCAAACCCAAUCCCCACAAGCCCAGUUCCGCCGUCAACCACACAAUCUCAGGGAAAACCGAAAGUAGCAAUGCAAAAACCCGCAAACAGGUGCUAUCCCUCGGGGGGGCGUCCAAGUCCACCGGGCACGCCAUCAAUGGCCUCAAGGUCAGUGGCAGGUUGAACCCAAAGUCAUGCACUAAGGAGGUGGGGGGGCGGCAGCUGAGGGAGGGGCUGCGGAACUCCAAGAGGAGACUGGAGGAGGCCCAGCAGCCCGAGAAGCCGCAGUCGCCCCCCAAGAAGAUGAAAGGGUCGGCCGGCUGCGCCGAAGCCCCCGGCAGGAAGGCGGCCGCGGCGGUCCCCGCGGCCCCGGCCCCCGCGGAGAGAGCCCCGCCGCCCGGCCACGCCAAGAAGGAGGUGCCCGAGCGGAGCUCGGAGAGGAGCCGGCCGAAGCGGGCCGCGGCCGGCAAGAGCACGCCGGGCAGACAAGCACACGGCAAGUCGGACGGCGCCUCCUGUGAAAAUCGUUCUACCUCGCAAACGGAGCCCUUGCACAAGCCGCACGAGGCGGCAGCCAAGCCCGACAAGGGGGGCGGCCGGGCCGGCUGGGCGGCCAUGGACGAGAUCCCCGUGCUCAGGCCGUCCGCCAAGGAGUUCCACGACCCGCUCGUCUACAUCGAGUCGGUCCGCGCUCAGGUGGAGAAGUACGGCAUGUGCAGGGUGAUCCCGCCUCCGGACUGGCGGCCCGAGUGCAAGCUCAACGACGAGAUGCGGUUUGUCACGCAGAUUCAGCACAUCCACAAGCUGGGCCGGCGCUGGGGCCCCAACGUGCAGCGGCUGGCCUGCAUCAAGAAGCACCUCAGAUCUCAGGGCAUCACCAUGGACGAGCUCCCGCUCAUAGGAGGCUGCGAGCUCGACCUGGCCUGCUUUUUCCGGCUGAUUAACGAGAUGGGCGGCAUGCAGCAAGUGACUGACCUCAAAAAGUGGAACAAACUGGCGGACAUGCUGCGCAUCCCCAAAACCGCCCAGGACCGGCUGGCCAAGCUCCAGGAAGCCUACUGCCAGUACCUGCUGUCCUACGACUCCCUGUCCCCGGAGGAGCACCGGCGGCUGGAGAAGGAGGUGUUGAUGGAGAAGGAGAUCCUGGAGAAGCGGAAGGGGCCCCUCGAGGGCCACACGGAGCAUGACUACAACAAGUUCCACCCCCUGCCUCGCUUCGAGCCCAAGAACGGGCUCAUCAACGGCGUGGCCCACAGGAACGGCUUCCGCAGCAAGCUCAAAGAGGUGGGCCAGGCCCAGCUCAAGACGGGCCGACGGCGACUCUUUGCUCAGGAAAAGGAAGUGGCUCGAGAGGAGGAGGAGGACAAGGGCAUCCUCAGUGACUUCCACAAAUGCAUAUACAAGGUGGGCCCCCGGCGGGGCUGGGGGGGCUGGCCGCGGGGCGGGGCUGUGCGGGCCCGAGGCGCCAGGCUGCGGUCUCCGGUGGCGCCCGGAACGGCAGUGUGUGCAGCUGCGGGCGGGAUGCAGGCCUGGGACGUCUGA